AUGGGUCAAGUCCAAACCGCCCAGGUCGCACACUCUAACACUUCUUACACUGCCUAUCUCUCACUCCUAAUUGCCCGCCUUUCCAACAUUCACAAUGGAGUCCAUAAUGACAACGCUGCCAAAAUAAGCCCGUCGUCGCCUUACUCCACACUCAAACCCCUACCAGGGUCACCAUUGUGCUUAAAAAAAGUUCUCCAACAUAUUCCCAUACCCCCGACGCCAUCGUCCAGGACAACAUGCUCGUAUCUUGAACUCCCUCCUGAUUACAAGCUGCUCGCCGUCCAGAAUUGGUCUCACUACACCAUCUUGGUCUUUGAUAUCUUCCAUGUCGCAUAUGACGCAUCCACCGCCCAUCACACAGUAGACAUUCCCGUUCUCCUUGUCGACUCGAGCAAGCGUCGUGUUGCCCGGAUCCCGAGCGCGGACGAGCUCCAGAACUAUAUCAAUGGCCAAGUCGCCAAGCUACAUAAUUACAAUGGCUGGGAUGCAAAGCCUCCGUAUUAUAAUGAUAAGACUGGUGCAGUGCCAAAAUAUUUUAGUCCCUGUGAUAGAUCCCUUUUGUAG